AUGGUGGAUAACAACCUGAAGUCCAAGGUCGACCUAUUCUUCAAAGGCAAAGGGCUACGCGACUUAGACAUCCUCAGCAAAUCCGAUCCGCAGGUGUGGGUAUACGCAGGUGACAAAGACAAAAAUAGUACAAGCAAGUAUGGGAGGCUCAUAGGUAAGACGGAGACAAUACGGGACAAUCUAAACCCGGUUUUUACUACGGCUAUUACAAUAGACUAUAGAUUUGAGCAGAGACAGGAGCUUACCUUUGUGUUGGUGGACGUUGACAAGCCCGGAUUGGGGUUAGACAAGCAGGACAUAAUCGGUGUAUCUAAGACUACUUUAGGGGACAUCGUAGGAAGUAGGGGAUCUACCCGGGAAUUCCGGUUAAAGUCGGAGGGGAAACGCGAUAUAGGUGGCAUACUCGUUGUAUCCGCUGCAGAAGUAGUAGAAGAUAGGAGAGUUGUUGAGUUCGAAUUUUCCGCCACUGGCUUGGACAAUAAGGAUGGUUUCUUCGGAAAAAGUGAUCCGUUCUUGCGCAUAUAUAGGAAGCGAGAUGAUGGCCAAUUUGACGCAGUGUAUAAGAGUGUACAUAUCAUGAAUAACUGCAAUCCAAACUGGCCUAAGUUUGAGAUAUCGUAUCAGAAGCUGACGAUUGGGGAUGCGAAUCGCGAAUUGAGAAUCGACUGCUUAGAUUGGAACAAGGACGGAAGCGAGGAUUAUAUAGGGUCAUGUACAACCAAUGUUACGGCUCUACAACGCAAGCCAGACAUAGAAUUGAUCAACGACAAGAAACGGCGAAAGAAGCGUAAGUAUAAGAGCUCGGGUGUUCUCAAAUGCAGACAGUGUAACAUACGCACGGACCCCUCUUUCCUAGAGUAUCUACGAGGAGGUACGGAGCUUGGUCUGGUGAUCGGCGUAGACUUCACUGCCUCAAAUGGAGACCCUCGCGAGCCAAAAAGUUUGCACUACUACAGCGAAACCACACCCAACGAGUAUGUGAAAGCUAUACACAGUGUCGGCCAGAUACUGAGCUGCUACGACCACGACCAGAAGUUUCCAAGCUUCGGGUUUGGUGCGCGGGUGCCUCCAAAUCGGGAGAAGAGUCACUGUUUUCCCUUAAAUGGAAACCCCAACGACCCGGAGGUACAUGGGAUCAACGGUGUACUGCAGUGCUACAAGAACACACUGUUGUCUGUGACCCUGAGUGGGCCAACGUACUUUGCACCGCUUAUAGGGCAGGCCGCGCAGUAUAGCAAAGGGGGCACUCAACACGCACAGAAGUACACGUGUCUGCUGAUACUCACGGAUGGGGUUAUCUGUGACCUACAGGAUACGAUUGACCGUAUCGUCGAGUCGAGUGCACAGCCCAUGUCGAUAGUCAUCGUGGGGGUGGGGAACGCGGAUUUCAGCGCCAUGGACCAGCUGGAUGCAGAUGUCACACCGCUGGUAGACCGCAGGGGUAAACGCAUGUCGCGUGACACAGUACAGUUUGUGCCUUUGCGAGACUUCCGAAAUAUCGAUGAUAUCGCGGAGGCCACGCUGAAGGAGUUGCCCGAGCAGGUGGUGCUGUACAUGAGGCGCAAGGGCAUCAAGCCUAAUGCGCCGCUUGCGUACACGCCCGCAGCAACUGCGAGUGCGGGUGCCAGUGGGACACCAUUACAACAUGGCACUCCGGUGGGUGCGGGCUAUGCGCCACACAGUACGCAGACUCCGGGCCAGGUGCAGCAACCACCCCUACAGCCAGCUCAGACACCUUAUCCUCUAUGCCAGGUGCAGCAACCACCCCAACAGCCAGCUCAGCCACCUUAUCCUCCAGGCCAGGUGCAGCAACCACCCCAACAGCCAGCUCAGACACCGUAUCCUUCGGACCCUCUAGUUGGAACCGCACAGGGAGGUGGGCCGGCACCCGGUCCUGCACCAUAUCCUGCACCUUACGGACAGGAACAGCAAGCACAACCCCAGCCACCGUACCCGCAAGUACAUUCGCAGUCACAACUACCGUACCCGCAACCACACACCCCACAAGCACAGACGACAUACCCCGCUCCACACUCGCCACAGACACAGAGCCCAUAUCCGCCUAGUUCAUCGGAUGCGCUACCUUAUCCUGCACCUCAACAACACGCGGGCAGUGGCAGUGCGAGUCCAAGUAUGGGUCUGCCGUGCCCUGCGCCCAUGGUUGGUACCGGUUCAACCGGGAGUUUUAAUGCGGGACAAAGUUACGCACCUGGAAGUCCCAUGCACAUGGAUUCUCAGGCACCACAGCCUACUGCCCCUGCACCAUAUCCUGCCACAACGGGUACUGCACCGCCUUACCCGCAGUAG